AUGAUUUGGAGAGGCCUAAGUGUUGCCGCGCCACUAUGUAGCCUUAUUGUACCAACCGACGCAGAUGCGCGGGGUCUACAGGCUGCAGUCUGUGACGAUGCAGCGAGAUGGUCUCAGCUACCAUGGGACUACUUGAGCUACCAGGAGGCGCUCUCCUGGACUACUCUCGGAUGGACUCGGGAAAUGUGGGACGCGGCUCACCCCAUUGCCACCACGACAGCACUUUCCAUCACCACCACAUUCGGGAGGAGGCUUGGAGAGGAUGAUGACUUUGGUGCUCCUUUUGAUGCUGAUGCAGGAGGGUCUCGAAAGCUGCAGAGCGGGACAAAUGCUCUCACCACAACUCCGUUUCCAGUGCCUGCAAGUGAGACGUCCUGCUAUCAGGAUUUGACAGAGGCCCAGCAAGACGCUGUUCGGACUCUUGGAUACACCAUAUCCUCCUGGCAUGUGUGCAAGAACCCGUCCUGUCCAUGGCCAACUGGCAUUCCGGCGCCAAAUGCACCAUGCCUGGAGGUUCUUGAGUGGUUCGACUCCUCGCUGUACACGCGAAAUUGGGCAGACUUGACACAGUCCAAGCGAGAUGCGUUGGAGCUUUUGGGCUGGGCUCAUAGCCGAUGGAUGGUGAUGGACUAUCCUCUAUCGUAUGCCCAGCUGUGGUAUGAGCUUCAACCUCGGCAGCAAGAAGCAGCUGCAUUCCUUGGUUACACAGUGGAGGUUUGGGAAAGAUGCGAGAGAGCAGCGCCGUGCAUCACGCGCUUGGAGCUUUUGGAGAACAAGUGGAAGACGCUGGGAUGGAGAGAAAUGCAGCAACCCUUUCAAGACAGGUUGCGAGAGCUUGGCUACGAUGAGAAACGCUGGACAAAUGGCGAUGGAGCAACUCUCACGGAGGCAUACAUCGAUCUCAGUGAUGCGGAGAUUAUCUCCGUGAGGCUUGCAGGUUAUGUGUCAGACACAUGGGAUGGCUGCCCAAAUGCCCAGUGUGAGGAUCGAUUCAGCUAUUUGAAGCGCAAGUACACGGGCGUCGCCUGGCUCGGCCUCACAGUUGCACAGCGCCGCGCGUGGCAGCUGCUUGACCACAGUGAGCAGCUGUGGUCCGGAGGCAUGAUGAACACCAUCAGCAUGCAGUUGACCUGGGACGAGCUCUCUCUGGAGCAACGAGCACAGGCGGAGUUUCUGGGCUUCUCCAAAGGUACAUGGCAGGGGUGCAAUACUGCCUGGGGACAAAAUACUGGCGGAAACGCCACCCAAAAUGAUGGCAUUAUAUCUACCAGCAUAGAAAGGACUGUUCGAGCCCGGAUGGUCAUCCGUCGGCCCUUUGCAGAAGUUUCAGGGAACGUCUACGGCUCGGCAGUCGAUCGGCUCCCAACUUCCUUCAUUCAGGUGUUUGAGGAAGCAGUCAGCAGGGCGUUGUUCUGCAGCAAUCCUCCUCUCAGUGAAGAUCCGAGCACAUAUGUCGACGUGGACGGAACACCGCUGUGCAUUCAGAAGGAGAACUAUGAAACGCAGAAGCAUCGAGUCAAAGUCAUGACGGUCGUGGAGGGCUCCAUCAUUGUGGACUUCUUCCUCGCCAGGAACCAGACAACAGCUGAGCUUCCUGCUCCAUCGCUUUUUGAGUCGUUGCUUCGAAUGCUGGAGCUGAAGACGUCCCCGCUUUGUCAAGACAUGAACUUUGGCAAAUUUGCUCAAGUGGCGGACAUGCAGGAGAUUCCACUUUCGCUUCUGUCCGAAGAUGAGCUGCAGACUGCUGCUGUUUUCGAAUUGAUGAGGAAUCAAUACGGACCAGAGACAGCGUGUCAGCUGCUGACGGAUGCAAGGGAGGGCCCUGUCAAGUGCCCUACAGUCACCUCGGCCUCAGUCCAGCAAGGUUACAAGCUCCUGACACUGAUCCUCAGCGCCGGGUUGUUUAACUUCGCCUGA